AUGAUGGCCGAAAACAAUUUUGAUCUGAAUCAUCUCCGAAUAGUGGCUGAACAAGAUGGCCAAUCUCUCACUGAAAAAGAAGGGCUUUCAUUUCUUAAAACAUCAGCACUUGAAGCACAUAAUGUUGAGAAAAUAUUUCAAACUAUUUUGACAGAUAUAUAUCAUAUCGUUAGCAAGAAAGCAUUAGCAGCUCAAGAAGCAUCAGGUCCUACCCCUUUACCUGGUCAAGGAACCACCUCGCUGAUUCAUCUGGGAAUAAUAAUACAAAUAGAGGUUGCUAUUCAACUUGAGUUGAAACAUAUUUGA